AUGCAAAAAUUACAAGAAAGUGUGUUUUCAAUUGUUAAAACGACUAGUCUUUCAUCCGCUGUGUUUAGUUUUUUACAACCGACUGAUGAUUCUUUAGAUAAAACACCUUUGGGAGGUAUUCUCCGCGAUACUAAGUAUGCUUGGCUCGCUCUUGGACCAAAGUUUUGUGUUGUUGAUUUGAGAAAUGGUUUGAAAAUAGCUGCACGGACUUUUGGAAAUGGAAUUAGUAGCCGCAUCACAGUCACAAGUGUUGUUGAAAUACCAACACCGCUCACCGAUAACUCUCAGCAACUAAUAAUAAGCUUAGAAUGUGAUGAUACAACAAGCUUAAUAUGUGUGUUUCACAUCAAUGGCUCACAACUAUUACGAUGCAUACAAACAGAUAUUGUGAUCACUGAACUAGCAGUUUGUGAUGGGUUGCCGAGUGGACCUCUUAUGUGCUUUGAUGGAUUAGUCAUGGCUGGUACUCGUAAGGGUGAAAUUAUUAUAUUUGACCUCAACAGAGCCGGUCUGAUACAGGCACUAAAGGACAUAUCAGAAGGUUGCGAAUAUCUAGUACGUGGAGAAAACAAUGUAGCCAACCUCAUAUUCCUACCGUUAAAAGCUGUGAAUAAAAUUGAGAGUCAAAGAGAUUUAGCAGUUGAGAACGAAGAUCACUUAGCACUUCUCUUAAAUGAAGACUCUUAUCUUGAUGAGCAAUAUAUCUUCUGUAAUCCAGAUGGAACAGUCAGAAUGAAAGCAAAACAAAGUCAUAUAAGAGUGACAGUACUCCAAUACAUACCACAGUUGGGAAGCCUAGCUGUUGGAUUUAAUUUUGGAGCAUUUCAGAUUUGGAAUAUUUUAAAUUUGGAAUUGGAAUUCACUUCUCAAGUUAAUGUGGAAUGCCUGCCAGUGACACAUUUUGGAUUCCAGGAACCGUGUGAUGAUCCAAGAGCAUUUUGCUAUCUGUGGGUAGUUUUUUCAGUAUUAGAAAGAUUUGAAGAGGAAGAAUUUCCUUUAGCUGUAAUGUAUUCUUUAACUUAUCAGGGGAAGAGAUUGCUUUCUGAUACUAAAUCUCUAUAUCAGGAAUUUUCAAUGGCAACAAUCCGUUUUCAAAUAGAGUUGUCUGCAAUAGAUAAUAUAUCUGAAUUCAUUGGAGGCAGGUGCAUUUCCUGUCACACAUUCUCUGUCAGCUCCACACUCGGAGAAGAAGGAGAAGAUAUUAUGUUAAAUUUGUGCCAAUUAGUAUGGGAAUGUUGGGGAGAAACUCGGAAUGCAGGAAGUCAACACGGAAUGCUUUUGUUUGAUCUCGAUCAGUGGUACAAAGAUCAAAUGCCAGCGACACAACGUCUCGAAAGCAACGCGUUUAUGAGUACAUCUCGAUGUCCGGAUGUUAACCGUGGAUCGUGCCUCACACUUGAUCUACGGCUUAAUCCCACAUCUGUGUCUCCAUACUCACACGCCACUAGGCUUGAAGAACAUUUCUAUCCAAAUUCAUUACAGUAUGAUUGUGUCUGGCUGAACACAUCAGAGACAUCAGUGAUCCACACGGUGGGUGUCCAGCGUCAGAUAAUACGCAGUAUCAGUUCGUCGGGCCCCGCUUGUCUGCUAAACCCGACUAACUUGUAUUCAGUAUCUCUUGCUGCUGGCCUCGCUCCGCUGUAUUGCGAUACACACUGCAUCACACAGGAAGAUCAAAGGCGAUUUAUCCUAUCAGUGGCAUUAGAAGCUCGGCUGUCAAGAUUUCUAAAGCGCUGCGCACACGACUGGGCGACCGGGACUCACAGCGGUGUCGGGUGCUCUCUCAUGUUCUUGGUGGACUGGAGCUGGAAACGUGCUAUUGAAUUGAAAGAAAAUGCCAAAGAACUCACUGCGCCUUUAUUUACUUCGUCUACUUUACCUGAUAGAAACGUAUUACGUUGCCUCGAAAACUGCGUCCAACAACUAACUCAGCUCACUGGACUAUUGGACGCUGUCCUCACUAAGUGUUGCAACCUUGUCGUACCGGACGCACUCAGCGAAAUGGAAACGAAAUACAAGGGUAUCGGGACAGUGUCCCUGUAUUUCCAAGUAGUACAGUGGUUUGUACAAGUGGGCUUGUUGCCUGAAAGACUACACUCAUACAACGCUCUGCCUUAUCCCGCUCAUCAGUUGGAUGCUACAUACAAUAAACGUCGUGUGAAACUUCACCGACUACAAGAAAAAUCAAAUGAAGAGUCUGCUAAUAAAUCUUGUCCGCUGCUCUACAUUGAUCAACUUAUUGAGCAUGAGUUUGGUGGAGAUAGAGUUCAUCAGAUGUGGAUAAAAGCGGGUAGUGAGAAUGGCGGGCUCUACCCUCCCCCAUCGCUAUACGCCUUGCUGCGACUCUACCUACUACCUGACAUAGCCGAAGAACACAAACACUCGCUAUUACUCUAUCUACUGUUGGAUUACUCCAUGCUAUACGACGAUAUAAGGUACGAAGCUGUGAUCCGUCGUUUGAUGCAGUUCCCAACAAUGUUCGGAUUGAGCAAUACGGCUAUCAAGGCUACGCAAGCCUUCUGGCAUCUCGAUCAUCGGGAUUUCGACUUUGCACUAGAUCAGCUACAAUGUCUAACUGGCAACACACUAUCCGACUGGCAACACCACGUAGUGCUAUCAUCACUACUCGCUCAGAAGAAAACCCAGGCUGCCUUACAAUACUUACAUGUCAGGAAACCAGCUCCGAUACAAAAUGUCAAAGAUGGGGGAAAUAUUAGCGAUCAUGAUAAGUUAGAUGAUUGGCAGUCGUGCUGUGAUUUGUAUUUAGCGCGAGGGUUGGUGUUUGAAGCUUUGGAUGUUAUUAGGAUGUGUGUUCAAAACGCUUCGUCGGUUGAUCAUAAACAGCAUUUGUUGAAUUUCUUUUAUAAAGGUUGUUACAACACUGGUCAGUUAUCAAAGGUCUUGCAAGUUACCUUGUUACCAUUUGAAGAGGAAGUUUUUAUAAAGUAUUUGAAAGAUUGCAAUGAACCACAAACCUCAGACAUUCUGGUCAUGUACUAUUUACAACAAGCAAGGUACCUGGAAGCGGAGCGCUACAACGAAGAGCUAAAGACGCGCGGAGACACGCGCGCGAACAGUGCGCGGGACGCCCUCGUGGAGCUGCUGCGCGCCGCGCUGCCGUCCGUCGCCGGGGACGUGGCGCGCGCCGCGCUCGCGCACGAGCACACGCGGGUCAUAAAAGCGAAACCGAUGUCCUUCUAUGUACAAGCAAAUUCUCCUAAGAAUACUUUUACUUACAAAUCAACUUUUAUCCAGGAUACGAUUGAAAAUGCUAGUGAAACUUGGAUCAACAAGCCGAAAAUAAAAAGAGGUAUCAAACGCGCGUUGAACAUUGAAGAAACACCGUUUAUUUGUACUCCCAAAUUAUAUAAAACCAAAAGCAUUCUAAACUCCGAAGAAAAAGGCAGUGAGGCGACGCCGUCCAAGCGAGCCAAACUCGACUUUACCGGAACUCCAAAAACGCCUAAAGCCUCCUGUACUCUUAAAGUAAGCGAAGCUCUCUGCGAGGAAAUGGCAAGUUUACUGGACAUGCCGGAAUUUGAGAGUCCUCAUAAAGAUUACGAAAGAAGUGGGGCAGAAACACCGCACAGUAUUUUGAAGGGCCGGCGCGCGGCGAGCGAGGCGGACAGCGGGGACGAGGCGGGCGCGCGCGCCGACAAGCUCCUAAGGUUUACAAUCUCGACCGCGUCAGACGGUGGCUCCACGCCCUCGCCAGUGCCGGUGCCUGUCAUUGUGAAGAAUUCGAAAGAGUCGCCCGAGAAACAAACGGACUAUGAUAGUGACAAACGGUCACAUAAUUCUGACCCUCAUCCUAUGGAAUCACCGCCGAAAAAAUUCGCCGCUGAAGACAAAGAGCCGCAACGUAGAAAGUUAUAUAAAGAUAACGUUAGAGCAAGGAAAUCUCUAUCGAUUUCAGCAAACAGUAGUCUAUCGGAUGAUCCGAACACAUCAAUAGAGAGCAUUGCAGACAUACCAAUAACUCUAAUAAAUCCCCGUUACUCCGGAGAGAAGAGAUAUAAUCGGGCAUCGCCCAUACAUUCGAUGCUGAAAGAUGAAGAUGACGACACAAAGUUAGAAGAGUCCGAGAUAAAAGAUAAAAAAAUAGAUAUAGUUAAGGAUAUAGAUAGUGCGGUGCCUCGAACUCCGACGAGCAGAAGGAGUAUUAGGUCCGGUAUGGGCGAAAGUACACCUUUGGCAAAUAGAAGUCGCCCCACAACACCUGAGAGACAAGAUACGCCUAUUGUGAGUUUACGCGCUGAAAGAGUUACAAGAAGCCGAUCCCGUACACCGGAGCUGAGUCCUCGGUCAGGUUUAGCAGCUAUCCCUGAACAGCCUCAACAUGAAGUUGAAAGUGAAACAAGACCAAGGACUAGAUCACGUACCCCAGAAAUACAGGCAAAAGUAAGAAAGGCGCUUUCCCAGUUAGAAGCCAUCUCCGAGUACCCAAAACAGUCUGAAUCUCCCGGAUCACCUACCAGACGUAGCUUAAGGAGCCGAUCUCGAACUCCAGAAGUCGAAGUAGCGGAGCAAUCAGUUGUUACCAGUCCGCGUAGCUUAAGGAGCCGUUCUAAAACACCCGAGAAAUUAAUGUCGCCUAAAAAGGAACAUUCCACUCGAAACAAACGAUCUCUCUCACGAAUGGUACUCGAAGCUAAUGCGUACGCUAAAACAAGGCAAUUAGUAGAUAAAAUUGAUGCCGAUCCAGUAGAAGAUAAAACUGAAAGCACACCUAUGAAAGCCUCUAAAGACGCAACCAGCUUAAUGGACGUCACUUUCUCGCCCAUAGUCAACAAGUCUGUCCUUCAAAGCUCCACAGAAAGCUUUCUAUCCGUUACUACUGAAAGGAUAACCAAAAGUCACGAUGAUGAUUCCAGUGUACAACAGUUGCCCGCAUUCACGACAAUAAACGAAAUAUAUACAGAAAAAUCAGUGCUACACAGCUAUCAGAGCAGCAUCGCUGAAACUACCCAAGAUGAGGCAAAAGAUGAAACAGUACCACAGAGUGAAUUGAAACCUUUACCGACCUUUACUACGAUCAAUGAAGAUAUCGGGAAAUCAGUUCUACAAAGCUUUGAAAGCAGUGUCGGGGAAACUAGCUUACAAGAUAAUAACAUACCAGAUAUAAAACUACCAACUGUAUCAUUUAAAUUUAAUGAGACCGAUGUAGGAAAGUCUGUUUUGGCUAGUAACGAUAAUAGCGCUGCUGUCACAGACGAUUCUACGAAAGAUAAAAAUUUAGGUGAAUCUAGUUUAAUGACAAGCGAUAGUGAAAUAGAAAUCAAGGAUACGUGGAAAUCCCAAGUAGAAACGCAAGAAACUGAAAGCGUGAUUCAGAAGGAGAAAGAGAGAAUAGUUGAGAUUGAGAGGGAAAUAAAUGAGAUAGAAGGAGAAAUGUCAGAUGACUGUCGCGUUGAAUCAGACUCCAGUGAAGCUUCCGAGGAUUCUAGCGAGAGUGCUGAAGAGAGUGGUGAAUCUUCGGAAGAAAAUGAUUCGAGUUCUGGUGAUGAAGAUGAAAAUGAGGUAAUUUCAAUCGCUGAUUCCGAUGAAUCAUCAGACAGGAACAAACUAGAAAUAGAUGAGGAACCUCAAGUUGCAGAAGAUAAAGAACAACAAAUAGAAGAAAUUACCGUGGAAGAAGUAUCAGAACCUGCUGCCGUAACACAAUCAGCUGAACAAAACCCAAUACAAGGACAGGAGAAAAGUGAUCCUCAAGAAAUGGUUAUAGAAACAGUAGCAGAAGAUUCAAAGGAACAGUUAAAUGAAGCUCGCAAUAUGUCGAUACUGACUGACGACAAUUCGAUCGUUGAAUCCGAUCAGUCAGUCACUUUAAAUUACUCGGAUGAUAACAAAACUGAGACUGAAGAACAGAAAGGACAAGAGGCAGAAGAAAAUAAAAUGGAAGAAGAAAAAGCAGAACAUAAAAUAGAAGAAAAAACACCAGAAAGUAAAGUGGAAGAAGAGACAGCAGAAAGUAAAAUGGAAGAAGAUACAGCAGGACAUAAGGAGGAUGUUGUCGAAGCUAUGGAAACAGAUCAACCUGUUGAAACGAUUGAAGAGGUAAAAGAACCACAGCCUCAAACUGAAAUAGAAAAUCGUUCUGCUAUUUCUGAAGAUAAAGAAACUGACACAGGCAAUAAAGACGUUGUUGAUACUAGCAGUAUUCCAACUGAAGAAGUAGAAAAAGCGAAAGAACAAAUUAAAGAUACAGCUAAAGUACCAUCACCACAGGAAACUAUUCAAGAUGAAAAAGAAUCUAAUCAAACUGAAAAAACAAAACCUGUUCGUUCUCGAAAACGUACAAAGUCCACAGCUUCAAAUAAAUCUGUUGAUGAAAUUGAAAAAGCACAGCCCCAAACUCCAGUAACGCGUAAAAGAACUCAAUCUACAUCUUCAAAUAAGUCAGAAAUAGAACAAAAAACACCAGAAAACGUAAACGUAGAAGUCACUACGCCAUCUUCUAGAAGGAGAUCUAAAACCCCCUCAACGGAAGUAAGAAAAAUAUUAACACGCCGCGCGUCUAAAGAACUUAUGGAGAAAGGCGAAGACGAUUCGCUUAUUCUAGAAGAUGUAUUAACACCAAGACGACGGUCAACUCGUUCUAGAAGUAAGAAAGACGAUGAUAAUAUCAGUGUUGCUUCCGAAUCUUCUGUGAAGUCUUCUAGGAGCAAAGUUAGUGAAGAUGGCAGUGAUGCCAAAGGUCCAGUAAGAAAAGGUCGUAAGUCAAUAAUACAGACGAAGCCGGAUUUAUCUGUGAUACCAGAAGUAGCAACUGAGGAAUCGAAAGGAGAAACUUCAGAGGAUAUCGUUAAUGAAUUAGGAACUAGAAGGCUAACUCGUAACCAGAAGGCAGUAUUAGAAUCAUGGUUAGAGCCACGCACGCCACGUCGUAGGCCUAGCACAGCCUCUCGAUCUGAAAUUGAAGAUGAUGACGACACUUCUAAUAACUCCUACGAUGUUCAAUCUAUUGAUAGAAUCAGUCUUUUGAGUAAGGCUGAUUUUGAAGGCUCGCCCGAUCCCGACGAAUUGAAAAACUUGCCAGACUCAUCAUUCGCUAAUAAACCGCGUUCACGCUUAGCAAGAGCCGCAUCUGAGACAAAAACUGUAACGAAAGCGGCUAGAAUCACCAGAAGGACUUCGGUUGAUAUUGCGGGCGCCACAAGUCCCCCGAGCGACAGUCCGCAGCGCGCGCGCCGCGCUUCGUUCGCUCGCGCGUGCGAAGCUCUUCACACGCCGAAGGGCCGCAGGACUUCUACGGACACUAGAAAAGAUGAGACCACCAGCCAACAGAGUACUCCCGUAGAAACUCCCACUCGUAGGACAAAACAAGCGGACACCAGCGAGGUCAAAGAAUCUGCCAGAAGGACGAGAAAAACUUCUGAAAAAAAUUAGGAAUCGAAGAAAUAACGCGUUAUUUAUUUAGUUAUUUAUCUUUUUACUAAUGUUUCAAGUUAAUGUAUCCUGGGGUUUUGCAUUUACGUGAAUUAAUUAAAAUACAAAUCAAACUGUUA